AUGGUCCUAGAAGAACAGCUGCGGGAGGUUUACCGUCAGGCUAAGAAAGCCUUACAAAUAGCGAUUCGGAGCAGUAAGGAACAGGCCCGGGAGGAGCUGCUGGAGGGUUUGAAUAGAGAUCCCUGGGGGCGCCCUUAUCGCGUCGCGAGAGGAAAGCUUCGAAAUCAGGGACCUCCCGUUACCCAGACUCUCCAGCCGGAGUUCCUGCGCCGGGUGGUCGAUGAACUUUUUCCGGAUUCCCGGGGCCACAUACCUCCGACGAUGUCCUCCUCGGUGACUAUCGAAGACAACGGUUAUGUCCCGCUGGUAACCGAAGAAGAGAUAGACGUUGCUCUGGAGCGUCUUCAGUCUAAAAAGACGGCACCUGGACCGGACGGUAUUCCGGGUCGGGUAAUUUUCAUAACACGAGAAUUCCUCGAAGGUCGUCUCAGAGAGCUGUUUAAUCAAUGCUUGCGAACUGGACAGUUUCCUGAGUCUUGGAAGGAAGGCCUGCUUUGCCUUAUUCGUAAGGAAGGUCGACCGUUGGAAACUCCGGCGGCCUACCGACCGAUAGUCUUACUCAACGAAGUCGGGAAGCUAUUUGAAAUACUUCCUAGGAUGAGGGUGUUUUGCUAUGCGGAUGACACCCUUGUUACGGCUCGUGGAAGCAACUACGGGGAGGCGUCUCUGCUGGCUACGGUUGCAACUUCUUUGGUUGUGAGGAGAAUCCAAAUGCUGGGGCUGAGAGUCUCGGCAUCCAAAACCGAGGCUCUCCUAUUUCACGGUCCACGUAGGGGUCCUCCUCAAGGUGCCUAUAUCAGAGUUCAGGAUGAAAGGGUGGAGUUGAAGGCCCACAUGAAAUAUCUGGGCCUCAUCCUGGACGGCAGAUGGACGUUCCAUAGGCACUUCGAGCUGCUGGGUCCUAGGCUCGUCGGGGCAGCCGCCACUCUAGGGAGGCUUUUGCCAAAUGUCGGAGGGCCUGCCUCGGCCUGUAGGCGCCUAUUUAUGGGUAUCGUCAGAAGUAUGGCACUCGUCUGA